CCCUGGGGACAGUAGUCAGUGUAGUGGGCUCACUGUGCUACUUGAAAUAAAAGUUCAAACCCUGCUACUGUUGCUUCUGCAGACAUGAAUUUCAAAGUCCGCCCCGCUGCAGCUGAAGACUGCAAAGACAUAUCGAGAAUGAUAAUGGAGCUGGCAGUUUAUGAAAACAUGCCUGACCAAGUGAAGAUAUCCCAUAAAGAAUUGGAGCGGGACGGUUUCUGCCAGAAUCCCUUCUUUGAAUGCCUCGUGGCAGAAGUACCUGAGGAGCAUAAAUCUAAAGAAGGAUUCACAGUUGUUGGAUACGCCCUUUACUUUUACACUUACAGUACAUGGAUGGGACGAUCAGUAUAUUUGGAGGACUUGUACGUGAUGCCAGAAUUCAGAGGAAAUGGCAUUGGCAAAGGUUUAAUGUGCAAAGUUGCCAAGGUGGGAAAAGACAAGCAGUGUGUGCGACUGCAGUUGUCCGUGUUGAACUGGAAUACACCUACUCGAGACUUCUAUGCUGCUAAAGGAGCUCAAGACCUCACUGAGAGCGAAGGCUGGCAUUUUAUACGUUUUGACGGACAAAACCUGGACAAUUUAGCAAAUGACGCUCCUACAAAUUAGAAGUUUUAUAUGAAAGAUAUGUUCCUUGCUGUGAAAAAGUGGCUGGAUUGUUGUCUGCUAUAAACAUUCACCCUUAAUAAGACAAAGUCAAAUUAAGCUUCACUCUCCUCGGUUCCUCUUUCCUCUUGUCUUACUCCUGAUUUAACAAAAUUAUAUCUUGAUAGAAAAUCCCUUAUUUUUACUUAAUUAGAGCAGAUGAUUUAAAUACUCUAAUUUCAGUACCUUGAGAGAGAGUACCUUUCAGUUCUUGAGAGGCCACUGCCCUUAAGGAAUACUGUUGCCAUGAAGGCGUAUACAUUGUCUGCAAUAAGAUAUAUGUUACAUGUCAUUGCCAGAGCAUCACACUGCCUCUGCCGACUUGCGUUCCUCCCAUAGUGCAUCCUGGUGCCAUCUCUUUCCCAGGUAAAAAUUAUGGACCAUAAUUCAGCUCACUGUCAUGACUUCAGUAGUCGUGGGCAUUUCCUACUUUAUUUAAAGCAGUCAAUGGAGAGGGAGAUGUGCCAACAAGCCAAAACUUGAUUACUUUUAUGAAUUGGUCUCAUUUUAAGAUGAAUACAUGAACUGAGCAGAAAAUGAACGCUUGUCCAUCACAGUGCUCAACCAUCUUGAACAUGACUUGAUU